AUGUACGCGGUGAAGAAGACCAGGCAGCCGUACGGUGGUCGCCAGGCGCGCGCGCGCCAGCUGCGUGAGGUCGAGCUUCUGUGGCGCAUUCCCAAUUCGGCAAAGGGCAUCGUCAAGCUGUUCAACGCCUGGGAGCAGUCUGGCCACCUGUUCAUGCAGUUUGAGCUGUGCGAGCGCGGCAACCUGGCUGACUACCUGGACGCCGAGGCCGAGACCGACCGCCGGCCGUCCGAGGCGCGGGCAUGGGCAAUCCUGGCCCACGCUGCCAACGCCCUGGGUCAGGUGCACGCCAUCGAUAUCGUGCACCUGGACGUGAAGCCGGCCAACUUUUUGCUGGGCGAUUCGUUCGAGACGACGCCGGGCGCUGAGCAGCACGAGGGCUGGCUGAAGCUGGCUGAUUUUGGCCACGCGACACAGCUGCCAUACGAGUCGCAGGAGUGGGUUGAAGAGGGAGACCGCGAGUAUAUGGCGCCCGAGGUCUUGCAGGGACGGUACUCCAAGCCUGCUGAUGUGUUCAGCCUGGGCAUGAUGAUGCUGGAGAUUGUGGCCAACAUUGUGCUGCCCGACAACGGCGUCGAGUGGCAAAAGCUGCGUGAAGGGUGCUUUGACGACGCAAACUUUAUCGACCUGCCGUACUCGUCGGAUCUCCUGGACACUAUCAAGUGGAUGCUGACCCCUGACCCCGACAUGCGGCCCACGGCCGGCCAGAUCGUGGCCCUGGACCAGUGCCGCCUGUAUACAGGCCACCCCCAUGCAGGUGCUCUGGUACGGUCCUCCACUGCCGUGUCUGUGCAUCCGAUGACGACACGAUCGGCUGCCCAUGCGCAGCAAGCGAGACCACUGACACGCAAGCACAGCGCCAAGCCCCAGCAGGCGCCCCAGUCCAAGCUGCAGUCGCAGCGCAAGACCACCAGAAGCAACCCGACUCUUGCCAGACGCACUGCAAGUGCCGCGCCGGCCUUUCCCACAUAA